AUGGCAACCUGUAUGAUCUGCUUCACAGCAGUCUUUUCUGCUGCAUUUGGAGGGUUGAUAGUCAAGCUGCAACAACCAGAUGCUGACGCUUUCUGCGCAAGGCUUACUUCAAUGUACUCACCUAUAGUGCACGACGUCGGUAUUACCUACCAGCAGUUACAGUUCAACAGCUCACUUUUGGCGUCUAAUCCAUAUCGGUUAGACGCAGGUCCUGAAGUCGAUGCAGCGUGGAAGUCCUUGGGUGUAGACUACCACGCGGUGAGAGUACCGACAAAUGAGGCACAGCAAUCUGGCCUUGCACUCGAUCAAGUCCAGAUCAAGGAAGAGUAUGGCGGUGGAUACCCCGCGCACGUAGAAGGGCUGCACCAUCUACAUUGCUUGAACUUGUUGCGCAAAUCUCUAGCCUGGAACAUCGAUUACUAUCACAAGCAAGGCCUUGGGCCUUUCUCCAACGACGCGAGUAUCCUAAAACAUCACACCACACAUUGCCUCGAUAUCCUGCGACAGCAACUCAUGUGUGUCACGGAUGUCGGAGUUCUUGGCCAGGUGUGGUACCAGCCGCCUGGGAAACCGUUACAAGCAUUUGUCGAUUUCAACACCGUCCACACAUGCCGUAACUUCGAUGCAAUUCGAGACUGGGCGGAGAAGCAUCAGUUGCCAGAUGUGGAAAAGACCCCGGCCAAUUUUCUCGCUUUACCCAAGGAGGGCGAUCGGAUUUACCACGAAGUCCCUUAGAGUAAAUACAUGGUUCGAUAGUGAUGUGUACAGCAACAC